AAUUUUUCAAUUAAAGUUGCUAUUCUGAGGGUUCACACUGUCAGGUAUGAAGGUUUAAAGGUAGGACCCAACUGCAGGACAAGAGAUGGGGCAGGGAGUUCCAACAAAAAGGCAUUUAAUGAAAUCAAAGAAAGGGCGCUGCAGGCAUAGCAGGAAGAUCCAACAUACAAAAAUCAAAAAGAAUCAUCGGCGUGGCUCGGAAAACAAGGAACGUGGAAACAUGGAGCAACGAUCCAUGUUUUGCAACGAUGCAACAACGAACGAAGGGAAGGCAGGGUUAUAAAUACACAAGAGGGCUCGGGGAUGACAACACACAGGCGAGACGCAUGAGGACAAUCAUCAGGGGUGAAACCAAUGAACAAUCAAGGGACACACGAGGAAACACAGACAGGAAAUCCAGAACUUGAUAAAAUAAAACAGGAAAUACAAAACACGAUACAAGAUUUAAUCGUGACGUGAAACACGAGGCGAGACAGACAGGAAACAUAGAAACCUGACAAAAUAAAACAGGAAACGGCCAAAAUGUCCUCAAUCUGAUGGUGUACCCACCCACACACACAGUUAAAAAAAAAACAGCAAACAAAACGAGGCGUCAGUCACACAUCUUGUGAGAAAGGCUACACAGACUCAGGCCAAAGACUGCAACCCCUCCUCACAACAACAUUUCACAGACUCUGACAGCUGCACAGAGACUCUUCAGACAAAUACAGGUAUGACCUGACAUCUGUGGCACAUAAUUCAAUCCUAUUAUCUCUUUACAGGAAAGACAAUUUUUAUGAACGUAAUUACCGUUGUGUCCUUUGGGGUUUUGAAAAACAAUUAUGAAGCAUAAAUGUAAAAACUUUUAUAGCAUAUUACAUCUUGUGGGCUUAAUUCAUGCAGCCUAACAAACCCGCUGGUCAUCAUGGCUCUGGAUGCAUGUCUCCUGCUCUGCAAAGCUAUGCUUACAGUUUUCAACAAAAUAGUUCAGGUAAGUCUGGAACAGUUUUGGGAAAAAAAGUGCAUUGUUGACCUUAAUUUAUCAAUGACUGACUUGUCUGGACCAGAAUUCAUUUAACUACAGACCAGCACUCACUUCUUUGUGGUUGUAUCUUGUGUUUUCAGGCCGUGGGCAUCACUUUAUUCGGGCUCGGCUUUUGGCUGAGGGCCAACGAAAACACCAAAAGCAUCUUCAGUAUAGCGGAUCUCGACUCAAGCAAUUUUGUCAGGGGUGUGAUUUUGAUGAUGGGUCUGGGCUCAGUGAUGGUGAUUGUUGCUACAAUUGGAGAUUACAGCGUCUGCAAGGGAAAAAGAAAAGUUCUGGGGCUAUUCGCCGUACUCCUGGCCGCCCUGGUUGUAGCUGAACUGGCUGUCGGAGGGAUGGUUUAUCUCCAACGUGAAGAGAUUGGAAAAUUCCUCGUGGAGUUCUACACAAAAGUGAUUGAGCGAUACAAAAAGGACAAAGGCAGCAUAGACAUCAACGUUACUCAAACUCUCAAAUUCAUCCACACUCAGCUCAAGUGUUGCGGAGUGAAUAAAUCCCACAAGACUGAACUCAAGGACAUCUGUAGCGAACAAACGCAAGAGAUUUGCACCGAGUACAUUAAAAAUUUCUUCAACAGCAAAAUGUUAACGGUGCUGGGCAUCUUUGGAACUGGAGCUGUUUUGAUCGCUGCCCUGGUCUGCACCAUCAUCCUCCUGAAGAGGCUCAAGAGAGAGAAUGCGAUGAUAUCAAAGUGUCUGAGUUUGAUUGUGUAGUGAGAAGAAGAGGUUUCCAAGCAAAGACCAUCGCUGGAGACUCAAACCAGCAGAUCAGCGCUUACAGACUCUCCUCCUGCUCGGCUCCAUUUAGAUACUUAUUCUUUUUCAUCUUAAUGCGUGGUAAUAGCAUCAUGGCAUUAUGACAGCAGCUAAUAAAGGCUUUUUUGUCUGUACAUAACACCCUUAAAAUACACAGUGGUAAAAGGGAUCGUCUUCUUUGAAUUCUGUCCAUCAACCCUGUGCUCUGCAUAUGCUCAUAAUUUGAAAUGUGUUUCUCCUUAUGCCUCUUUGUUUAACUGCUCUGAAUCAUGAUGCAGGCCAUGUUAUCUUUGUACGGGGGGGGGGGGGGUCGAGGAGGAGCUGGAGAGGAGUGAACAACGUGACCUUCGGCACAUAAGGCCUAUAAAAGUGUGUUUACUUUGUCAACUUGUUACUCAUUUGCCACCUUCAAGGCUUUGUGUCCAUCUGCAGAUGUUGAAUUAAAUGCACUGAAAGACCAGA